CCUGCCUCGGCCAUGGGGAGCACUGUUUUCCCUGCGCCUUGGGGCGCCGCUGCGUCCCUGGAAACCACCGACGCGCUCCACUUGGCGGAGCUCCACCAGGCAGACAUGGCUCCCUCUUUGUGAAGCAGCGGGGACGAAUCCUCAGCUGCCGGCGUGCUGUCAUGCCUGUAUGACGGCUACCAUGGUGGUGGUGCUGAGGAGACGACAUGGAGUCGCGCAGAGGGGAUUGAUUCUGCACCAUGAAUGACAAAUACCACAGGGCGGCCCGGGAUGGCUACCUGGACCUGUUGAAGGAGGCGACCAGGAAGGAUCUCAACGCACCGGACGAGGAUGGAAUGACGCCGACGUUAUGGGCCGCUUACCACGGCAAUCUGGAGGCUUUGCGGCUCAUUGUGGCCAGGGGAGGAAACCCAGACAAGUGUGACAUAUGGGGCAACACACCACUUCACCUCGCUGCAGCCAAUGGUCACCUCAACUGCCUUUUCUUCCUGGUGUCUUUUGGGGCCAACAUAUGGUGCCUGGACAAUGACUAUCACACACCUCUGGACAUGGCAGCCAUGAAGAAUCACAUGGAUUGCGUACGCUACCUGGAUUCCAUUGCUGCUAAGCAGACAGGUCUUAAUCCCAAAUUGGUUGGCAAGCUUAAGGACCGCGCUUUCCGUGAAGCUGAAAGGCGAAUCAAAGAGUGCGUGAAGAUGCAAAAGAAGCACCGAAAGCACAUGGAAAGGAAGUUCCAAAAAGAGUCGUCUGAAGCCUCUGCAUCAGACGCCAUGAGUUUCUCCAGUUACACUAGCAGCACUUUUAGCCAGAAGCUACGCAACUUCCACACAACCACUGUCAGUGUGCCAUAUUCUCAGGCGACUCUUCAUGCCACAAACCGAGGGAAAACAAAGAUCCAGAAGAAGCUAGAGAGGAGGAAACAGGGCGACAGCACUUUCAAAAUCUACGAAGAUGGGAGAAAGAGUGUGCGCUCCCUUUCAGGACUUCAGCUGGGUAACGAUGUCAUGUUUGUCAAACAAGGGACUUAUGUCAACCCAAAGGAUCGUGGUCGUCGCAAUGUUUUCGACAUGUUCCCAAGAGACAACGAUGAUGCCAUUUCUCGUGCCAUUAGUGAGCCGGAUCUCCACGGGCCAGAUGUGGACUAUUCCGAGAUCAGCACUGACUCUGGACAUGAUUCCCUCUUCAACAGACCUGGUCUGGGCACUAUGGUUUUCAGGAGGAACUAUGUGAGCGGGGGAAUGUUUGACCUCGGUGGUGGAGAUGGAGCCAGUGUGGCCCGGACAGGCAAUAAUGUUCGUUUACGCAGUCGACUGCAGCCAUACCCUAGUUUGGAUGAAGACAGCAUUGGCAGCGCGCACAGCCUGCAGGAGAGGAACAUGGAGGAACUACCCUGGGAGGAUGUCGAUUUAGGACUGGAUGAUGAUGAUGAACUCAAGACAAAUCCUUUGGAGGUUUUUCUUGCCACACAAAGCAUGAGCGAGUUUUAUUCCAUAUUCAAGAGGGAAAAGAUUGACCUACCAGCUCUGCUGCUGUGCUCUGACCAUGACCUCAAGAGUAUCCAUAUACCUUUAGGACCAAGGAAAAAGAUCCUAGAUGCCUGUAGAAUACGAAUGGAGACCAUAGAAGACCCUGACUGCAUUGAGGAUACAGAAUUAUGACAAAAGUUGCAGUUGGGUAGCCUGCUGCGAUCUCAUCCACAUCUCAAUGGUCAGUGGAGCGUUUGGACAUGCAAGCAGGAAGGACUUUUACAUUUUGUACUUCUAUGACAAAAAAAAAAGAACAACUAAAAAGCCCCUGUCACAACCAAUAUGUCAAAUAAGAAAAAAAUAAUGGUGGCAUAAAUGGUUAACAUGAUUCUUUUUCAGUGCUUUUUUGGUUCAGGAAACUCACCGGAAAUUAACUCUCCCAACUGGUUGAACGGUUGGAUCCGCUGCAUUGAGCAAUUUCACAAACUGAAAGAUAAUUAUCGGAUGGCAGCGCUGUGCUGUGUUCUUGAAUGCCUCACAGUGUAACCAACAGAGAGCUUAUUGUGGGCUUCGUCUCCUGGAAUAUGUUUUCCCCUAAGGGGUAAAUCUAGAACUUUCACGUGCCUGCAUCGCCUGUGCAUUGCUUAAAACAACACUAUUAAAAACGUAUUAAACUCAAAAAGAAUAAAACUUAAAUAUAACUUUUAAAACUAGUUUUAAUGUCUUUUAUUAAAAUGAAUGAUUAAUCUUUAAAGUAUGUUUACAUUUAGGGGGCUGUGUUAAUAUGGCUCACUAAUCUUAAAAGGCCAAUAAUAUCUUGAAAAUUUAUGAUGUGUAAAAUAUAUUUAAGCCACUUUCUAUAGCAUCAAGGUUGCACGAAUGUUAGUUUAGGCCUCCUAUUAGCACAAUAACCAACAAUAUUUACCUAAAGUGGUCUUUUUAUGACGUACAACUUCUUGUUAACCAUUAUUAUUAUUUGUUUUCACAACUUUUCUUUUUCUAAAGUUUUCCUACAGUUCCCAGUAUAUUUUGUUUUCUGUAAAUAAACAACAAAUGGAUCCAAAGGUGUUUAUUGCUUGUGUUGUAAUGUUUUAACACAACAGCAGUUACAGCUAAAGGGUCUCCCCACACAAACGGAUAUUUCAAUAUUUAUGAUUUUCUUUAUUUAUAUAGGCUACAUUCUUCUUGUUUUCAGUAAGUUUCUUUCUUUUUUUCAGUCAAAUGUACUAUUGGAGAAACCCCGAGAUUCAACUUUUUUUGCACAGUCUGUCUUAAAUAGAUGAUUUUAUGAUUUAUAUACACAGUGACAAAAUUAAGAUGGUUGCCAGUGUGCUGAUUGAGCUGAAAUCUAAUUUGCUGUUUAGAGUCUUGUUUGAAUGUCCAGACCUCUAAUAAAAGACAUGGAACUGCAAAUGAAAAUACCUA